ACCGGCGGUUUGCCUCGCCCGGCCCGUGUCGGCAGGAGCGGGGGCUCAUCCCCACGACCUCCUGCACCGGGAGCUCACCAGCAGCCGGGGCCGCGCCGCUGGGCGCCCCUCCGCGGGGAGGAGGGAGGCUCGACCGCGGGCGCCUCUGCCGGGGGCGGCCGGUGCUGCCGCACCCCGUGCGGCGCCUCCUCCGCCCGGCAGCGCGGCGGGCGGGCAGAGGGACGGGAGCUCGCUGCCGCUCCGGAGCUGUGGCAGCGCAGCCGGACCCCGGGGCCCGCCUUGAGCGCGGCGGUGCGGAGCGCCUCCGCCACCGCUGCCGGCCAUGGAGCUCUCCCUGCGGCUGCUCCUGGCUUCCUGCCUCUCCCUGGGGGCGGCCGGCGAGUUUGACAGAAGGUGGCCCAGACAAAUAGUCUCCUCUGCAGGACUGUGCCGGUUUGGGAGUAGAAUUGACUGCUGCUGGGGCUGGGCCCGGUUGUCCUGGGGACAAUGCCAACCGUUCCACGUCUUAAGGCAGAGAAUAGCCAGCCUAAGGUGCCAGCCCAAAGCUAUAUGCCAGCCAGGAUGCAAACAUGGUGAAUGUGUUGGGCCAAACAAGUGUAAGUGCCACCCAGGAUACACUGGAAAAACCUGCAACCAAGAUCUAAACGAGUGUGGACUAAAGCCGCGGCCAUGCAAACACCGGUGUAUGAAUACUUAUGGCAGCUACAAGUGCUACUGUCUGAACGGCUACAUGCUUAUGCCAGAUGGAACGUGCUCGAGUGCCCUUUCUUGCUUGAUGGCAAACUGUCAGUAUGGCUGUGAUGUGCUGAAAGGGGAAGUGCGCUGCCGCUGUCCUUCUCCAGGACUACAGCUAGGGCCUGACAGCAGGACUUGCAUAGAUAUUGAUGAAUGUGCUACUGGGAGAGUCAUCUGUCCACAAUUUAGGCACUGCGUGAAUACUUUUGGAAGCUACAUUUGCAGGUGUCAUAAAGGCUUUGAUCUAAUGUACAUCGGAGGCAAAUACCAAUGCCAUGAUAUAGAUGAAUGUUCCCUUGGCCACCAUCAGUGUGGUAGUUUUUCACGAUGUUACAAUAUCCCAGGAUCCUACAAAUGCAAGUGUAAAGAAGGGUACAGAGACAACGGAACAAACUGCAUACUUAUUCCUAAUGUUAUGAUUGAACCACCUGAUCCGUAUCAUAUAUUCAAGGGCAACAGCAUGCUCCCUAAGGGAGACAAUGGUAUAACCAAUAGGAUUCCUGAUGUUGGAGGCACAAGGCAACCCCUCAGACCUGUACCUGCUGUUGUUACAGAAAGACCAGUGGUCAAGCCAACGACUCGACCUACACCCAGGCCAACUCCUCAACCUACACCCAGGCCAACUCAACCUACACCCAGGCCAACGACUCAACCUACACCCAGGCCAACGACUCGAUCUACACCGAGGCCAACAACUCGUCCUACACCCAGGCCAACAACUCGUCCUACACCCAGGCCAACAACUCGUCCUACACCCAGGCCAACAACUCGACUGACAGCAAAGCCAACCACUAGGUAUGUGCCGGUGACAACAAGGCCAGUAAAAAGGCCUCCGCCUCCAACACCACCUCAACCUACAACAUUAAGAUCUACACUACCACCACAAACCACUCCCCUGAUAACAACUGAAGAGCCUUCACACGUUCCCAUUGAAACUACAUCUUCCCAAGGAAUUACAGAUGACAACAGGAUCCAGGUAGAGCCUCAGAAACCCCGAGGAGAUGUGUUCAUUCCACGCCAGCCUGGAGUGAGCAAUAAUCUGUUAGAAAUACUUGAAAUUGAAAGAGGGAUUACCGCAGAUGAAUUUGAAGCAAACGAUGACCCAGGUGUGCUGGUACACAGCUGUAAUUUUGAUAGUGGACUGUGUGGAUGGAUCAAGGAUAAAGAUGAUGACUUGCACUGGGAGCCAGUGAGAGAUGCGUCAGGCGGGCAGUACCUUACCAUCUCUGACCCCAAAGGCAAAGAAGGAAGAGUAGCGCGUCUUAUCCUGCCGUUGGGCCACAUGGCUCAGGCCGGCGACUUGUGCCUGUCGUUCAGGCAUAAGGUGGCUGGGCUGCAUUCUGGCACCCUCCAAGUCUUUGUAAGGAAAACCGGUGCUCAUGGACCAGCUGUCUGGGGAAGGAAUGGUGGCCAUGGCUGGAGACAGACACACAUAACUUUACAAGGACAAGGCAUCAAGAGUGUUAUCUUCAAAGGGGAGAAAGGGGAAGGAAGAACUGGGGAUAUCGGACUAGAUGAUGUGAUCUUGAGGAGAGGACGCUGCUCUGAAGAUCAUUAGCAAAGACAAUGGACUGGCACAGUUGUCUCCUCUAGCCCUUCUCAUGCUAUUCCUACCAGGCUUUGAAACAGAACUGCACGAAAAAGAAGAAAAAGUUGGAGAGUUGACAACUUCUCAGUGGUCUGCUAAGUGCAAUCUCACUGAAACUUCACUUAAAAACAUGGAGGAGCAUCUCCCAGGAUUCAGGAACUCCAAUCCCAUGCCGGUUGUUUCUAUUAAUCCUUACCCCUAAAUCAUAUUUUAUAUGUAAUAAAGUUAUCCCCUGUUACGCCUGGUGAGCACUUGUGAAAAAGGGAGAAUUAAUUACAAAUGGUGGCAAAAGAAAGCUCCUGCUCAGCAAGUUUUAGUGUUAACUGAUAGUUAUCUUCCCAUUAUGCUACUCUUUCACUGAUUAGAUUUGACACAGUGGGAUUGAUCUAGCUUCAGUCACCUCAGAUUAAUGGGAGCCUGGAGCUGAACUUUGGCUUACUGCCACCGACCUCUGAAGAAGGGUUUGCUUCAUAUUCAAUAGCAUUUAUUUUGGUGUUGCAUCGGUAUUAACAAAAAGCAGUUAUAGAGAGUAGGCACUGCCUCCUGUAAUAUUGCUACUGCUGUGUUUUGUGUAUAUGUGUAUGGUUAUAACAUAUUUAUGGUUUUAAUACUUACAGACUCUAGUUGCAAGGUGAUUGGCAGCUGUGCUUUCUUAUUGUACAAGACAGGAGUUCAGCAUGUUCUUUGAUCCCGCUGGUCGUGCCAAUAGAUGCUUUACCAAAGUCAGUUAAUGGUGCUUAUUGAAAAACGCUGGUGCAGUUUUUCACAUUGUAAUAUGCUGAAGGCAAAAAGACCAAACCCUUAGAUGUAAACCAGCAUCUGAUUAAUGCUGUACACGUUUGCAUUUAGCUCAGGUGCAAGUCCCAAAGGGCUCUCAAUCCCGCAAGGAACUCCUGGUUCAGUUGAAGACUGAGCAGCCUGGAGAAGAGAACGUGCUGCAUCUUGUAAGAUUGAGCCCAUUGACCCCACCACAAAUGUUCCCUUCCCACAGAUGGCACAAGCCAAAAGGGCAGCCACAGUAACACUGCAUGAACAAUUCAGACCAUGAAACGCCUUCAGUGAUCUUUGUUAAAUGUCCAUAUUCCAUCCAACCCUUCUGUAUAUAAUAAACACUUUAUUCUUUAGAACUAGAACAACUAUUAGACCUAGCUGGAACUAAAUAUUUAUCAGAACUUUGGACUAAUUUUUCAGUUAUGUAUCAUGCGUGUGGUGUGCAGUUUCCCAGGGAAUUCUGCAUUUGGUUUGGGAUUUUUUUAAAUGAGGAUCAUCACCACCAUUGCUGCUAAUAGUUGAAAUUUGACUAAGUAAUUGUAACAUGGAAGAAAAUGACAAAAGAUUGAUAAAAUGUUGUUUAGUGGUGCAGCCCUAAAGCUUCAUAAUGUAUAUAUAGAAGAAAUGGGUCUCAGAUCUCUUAAAUACUUAAAUACAAUAUAAAGUAAAUACCACUUUCAUAUCAUGUUCUGCAAUCAUCAUUAAAAAAUAUUCAUGUUAAGCCUUGCACAAAGUCCACAGAGACAAAACUGCAAGACUGUUAGAGGUUGUAUUCCCAGCCCCUAAGUACUGUUCUGGAAAGAUUUCUGCACUUUGUCCCCUAGGACAAAGCAGGGUAUGUAUAGCAGAAGUUUCUUUGACCAAACAGUCUGCAAAACUGUACCAGCAAACAUUUUGAAAAGGAAAAAAAAACCAAUGCAUUUGUAAACAUUUUAAACUAUUUUGCUUCAAAUAUGAUUGUGAUUUUUUUUCUUAUGUUACUUUGUAAUAUGUCAGAAAUAUUUGUGAAUAGUUGAAAUACCUUGUCCUUAUUUUAAAGUCAUCAGUAAAGGAGGCUGUUACUUGUUAC